AAAAAGGAAAAUUUAAAUUAAAUUUGAAGCUCUGUCUGGGUUUCCUCUCUCAAGAUCUCAGCUUUCGCCCAUCAGGUGGUGGCAACUAGCAUUUGCCCACCAAACAGCCGCUGUCUAGUUUAGGGCACCAUGGGAGAGGUCUCAAUUGUUGCACUUUGCAGUGAGGACCUAAGAGCCACCCUUUGAAUGCAUCAUUUCCUUCCUGGAAGCCAGCCAUGGUCUUUGCGGGAUCCUCCUGCUCCUUGCCUUUUGGCCCUGCAGCUCUCUACUUAUCAGCCGGCAAGCAUCCGCUGCUGGGCUUUCCGCGGAGCCUUCUGCUGUGAUGGCAUCGUGGAAGGGACUCUACAGAAAUGUCAGCCUUGGGCUAGAAGACCCAAAGGCCCCCGAGCGGAGGAGUCAACCAGGCACCAAGGAGUACCCCGAGGAAGAGAGUGUCUAUGAGCCCUUUGAUGCUGUAACCGGUUUGGAGGGCAAGCAAGCAGGACAGGUGGCUGCACCGUGGCACCCAGCCGGGAAGCCAUCUUGGACACGCAAGGUGGUUUUAGUAGCCAUUGUUGCUCUGCUGGCUACCUCGGUGUUCCUGAACGUGCUGCUGCUUGCGGUGGGAAUUAUGCGCUGUAAGUGGUCUACUGGGUCUCUAAAGCCUGCUGGGGUGCCAGUCCCCAGCUCCUUCUUGCUGUACAAUGAGAACCGCAGUCAUUGUGUGACUAGGAAGGAGCCCAGCUCUCUCACAAAAGCGCCCUGUGACCCUGGGGAUUGGCUGCAGCAUUUUCGGUGGUUCUCCAGUGGCCUCCUCCUUCACGUGGAUUCGCUGCUCUGUGUGGCAACACCCAAGGCCAAAAGAAAGGAGAACCUCCGCCUGGAACCCUGCAACAGGACGAACCCGCUCCAGCGGUGGGAAUGCCGCGAUCAUGAUCUGCUGGCCCUGGAGGGCAAGGAUCUGUAUUUCAACUACGGCAACAGUCCUGACCGGGUGGUGAUGCUGUAUGAUGGCAACGGGCCCUGGAGUCGCUGGCUUACCUACAGCACCCGCAAAAACAUCUGCAGCAAUGCACCCUUGGUUUCCCUGCCUUCUGCCCCACCAGUCCAAACGGCUCUAGGCACCACUGGGCAUGGAGGACACCCUGUAGCAUGAGAGGGAAGAAAGCUCUUGGCAACGAAACGAACCCAGUCGUGGAGAUAUGAAGAAUGGUGGCCUGAUGGGAAGCGUCUGGGGCAGGACGACCCCCUGCAGUGACUGGUCAUCUCUGGAUCUGUGAGUGACAGCUUCUGUUCAACGAGGUGCAGUCGCCAACUUUGCCAUCCUGCCCCCAGCUUUUUCGGCACCACCAAAAUCACUCCCCUGCUCACUUCAUCUCCUGAAUGAGGGGUGCUAAAAAGUUGUAACAUGACUUGGGAAUUCAAAAUAUAUUUGGGUAAAAU